AUGACUAGGCGUGGUACUGGAACAACUGGGAGACGCAUACAAUUGCUCGCAAACCACUUCAAAGUCACAGUGAAAGCUCCAGAUGCUGUGUUCUUCCAGUAUUCUGUUCAUAUUACUGCUGAAGACAAGAGAGCCGUUGAAGGCAAGGGAAUUGGAAGAAAACUGGUUGACAGGCUUUUUCAAACAUAUUCUUCCGAACUAGCUGGUAAAAAGUUUGCGUAUGAUGGGGAGAAAGCUCUGUAUACGGUUGGCCCCCUGCCACAGAACAAGCUUGAAUUCACGGUUGUGCUGGAGGAGACAUUUGCAAAGAGUGAAACUGUGAGUCCCGGUGAAGGGACUGAAAAAAGGUCAAGACGAACUCUUCAGUCAAAAACUUUCACAGUAGAGUUAAGUUAUGCUGCCAAAAUACCUUUGAAGUCAAUUGCUCUUGCCCUCAAAGGAGCCAAUGUCGACAAUACUCAGGAUGCAUUGAGAGUGCUUGAUAUUAUACUACGGCAGCAAGCAGCUAACAUGGGAUGCCUUCUAGUACGACAGUCAUUCUUUCAUGAUGACUCCAGGAACUUUACUGAUGUUGGAGCAGGUGUGAUUGGUGUUCGGGGAUUUCAUUCCAGCUUCCGUCCAACUCAGGGUGGUUUGUCCUUGAAUAUGGAUGUAUCUACAACAAUGAUCUUGACCCCUGGACCAGUAAUAGAUUUUCUGAUUGCCAACCAGGGUGUGCGAGAACCCCGCUACAUUGACUGGGUAAAGGCCAAGAGAAUGCUGAAAAACAUGAGGAUUAAGACGAGACACCGUAACAUGGAAUUUAAAAUAAUAGGCAUCAGUGAGAAGCCCUGCAAUCUGCAAUGCUUUCCUAUGAAAUUAAAAACUGGUGAUGGUGCAAGUGAAGGGGAGACUGCAGACAUUACUGUGUUUGAGUACUUCAGCAAACACUGUGGCAUUGAGCUCACAUACUCCCAAUACCUGCCAUGCCUUGAUGUUGGCAAACCAAAAAGGCCCAACUAUCUGCCUGUGGAGCUCUGUGCGCUUGUUUCAUUACAACGGUAUACAAAAGCAUUAUCUUCACAGCAGAGGGCAUCCUUAGUUGAAAAGUCAAGGCAGAAGCCUCAGGAUAGAAUACGAACUGUGACUGAUGCUGUAUGCAAAUAUCAAUAUGAUAGUGAUCCUGUGCUUACUACAUGCGGUAUCUCAAUAGAGAAGCAAUUGACUCAGUUUGAAGGACGCGUUCUUGAUACUCCAAAGUUAAAGGUAGGUAACAGUGAGGAUUGCACCCCUUUCAAGGGACGAUGGAACUUCAACAACAAGACACUUUUGAACCCCACUCGCAUUGACCGCUGGAUUGUUGUCAACUUCUCUGCACGGUGUGAUACCAGCCAAAUCUCGAGGGACCUUAUCAACUGUGGAAGGAAAAAAGGCAUUCUUAUUGAGCGUCCCUUUACGCUGCUUGAGGAAGAACCACAGUGUAGAAGACAAAGCCCUGUUGUAAGAGUUGAAAAGAUGUUUGAACAGAUUCAAACUAAGCUUCCAAGUCCACCUGACUUUAUUCUUUGUGUUCUACCAGAAAAGAAAAACUCAGAUAUCUAUGGGCCUUGGAAGAAAAGGACUCUCAGUGACUUCGGAAUUGUUACACAGUGCAUUUCCCCUUCAAAGGUUAAUGAUCAGUACCUUACGAAUUUGCUUCUGAAAAUCAAUUCCAAGCUUGGAGGAAUAAAUUCUUUGUUGGCACUUGAGCACUCCUCACGUGUCCCUCUGAUAAAAGAUACUCCUACAAUGAUUCUGGGAAUGGAUGUGUCUCAUGGUUCUCCUGGCCGAUCAGAUGUUCCUUCUGUUGCUGCGGUUGUUGGCUCUCGGAGUUGGCCACUUAUUUCAAGGUACAGAGCAGCAGUUAGAACACAAUCCCCUAAGGUGGAAAUGAUUGAUGCUCUGUAUAAGCCACUGGCAAAUGGAAAAGAUGAUGGUAUUAUCAGGGAACUUCUUGUCGACUUCUUUAAGACAAGCAAUGGACGCAAACCAACGCAGAUUAUUGUAUUCAGAGAUGGCGUAAGUGAAUCACAGUUUAAUCAAGUCCUGAACAUUGAGCUGGAUCAGAUCGUAAAGGCUUACCAGCAUCUGGGGGAGGCUAAUAUUCCAAAGUUUACUGUGAUUGUGGCUCAGAAGAAUCAUCACACAAAGCUAUUCCAAACUAAUUCACCUGAUAAUGUUCCACCAGGGACUGUUGUUGAUACCAAAAUUGUGCAUCCAAGGAAUUAUGAUUUCUACAUGUGUGCUCAGGCAGGCAUGAUUGGAACUUCCAGGCCAGCUCACUAUCAUGUCUUGCUUGAUGAGAUUGGUUUUUCCCCUGAUGACUUGCAAAACCUGAUUCACUCCCUUUCUUAUGUGUACCAGAGGAGUACAACUGCAAUCUCUAUUGUGGCGCCCGUAUGCUAUGCUCACCUUGCUGCAGCACAAGUGGGGCAGUUCAUGAAGUUUGAAGAUCUCUCAGACACCUCAUCGGGGAAGGGCAGUAUCACUUCAUCAGAGAGCAUCCCAGUUCAAGAGCUCCCUAGGCUCCAUGAGAAGGUCCAGGGCUCCAUGUUCUUCUGCUGAGGUCUCCCUGAUUCUAGCUGCUACCUCUCUUUGUGAAUAUGGCUACUGCUAUCAGCUUUUCGACUCUAUAUAUAUACCCUUUGGAGGUAUAGGAAUAAUAAUCUAAUGUAGGAUUGACAACCCCCAUCUUUGCUUGUAUAUGGGGUAGAGAGAGAUAUAGGCAUACAUAAUAGAUGAGCAAACCUCUUGGUCUUGUUGUGGACAAAUUUUGAGGCUUUUAUAUGUCCCAGCAGAGUCGUGAGGUAUAGCUUGUCUCAACAAUGAUAUUUGUCUCCCUUGUUCUGGGUUGACAAGAACUCAAGUUGUAUGGAACCCUACUUGCCUGUCAUUUGGGGAAUUUUGUCUAAAGUUUAGAGUUUUCGACGGAUUUACCAAUAUGAAAUUUUCCUG